CUACGAACCUACAACUCCGGACUUUUCAGGCAUGUUCCCGGAUGCGAUCUCGGUUAACAGCACCCCUGCCUGGGUUCACGGCGAACCUACACCGCACUCAUUCGACACGACACCAGAUACAACAAACAACACCCAACAACUGGCUCUACAGCAAUAUCCCUCGCCCUGGGGAGGCAAUACCGACGCGCCUGGUCCUCGCUUGGUCCUAAACAACAAUGGACAAGUCGAGUAUCGUUCAGUCGACCCGGAAUUUCUAAAGGAGGAUCUCGAUGCCAACCGCCGCUUACUAGCAAAUCGUAUCGCACACCGUCUAGCCAUAGUACUGUCAAGAAUUCCGAGCGAACUAGAACGCCAAGGAGCCAUCCGCAUGUAUCUUAAACAACAUAUACACGACACCUACAUCACUGGUGAUUCCAAGCUCCACGCUCUUAAACAUAGUUACUACAAUACCUUGUCAUCUACAAAUACGUUUGCUUUCGCCCAGGACGUGCGUCCUUAAG